AUGAGACUUCAUAGGGUAUUUCUUUUUGUCUUUAUCGGCAAUGCUAUUGCGGCUGCGAUAGUGGAAAGGACGAAAGAGACGGAUUGUUCGUUAUCGCCCUCUUUAUGUUCUACUCAGAAGACAUCGUCUACUUCUUCUUCCACUACCUCGUCCACUAAAUCUUCUUCCACUACUUCGUCUACUAAAUCUUCUUCUACUACCUCGUCCACUAAAUCUUCUUCCACGACCUCAUCGACUACUUCCUCCUCCACUACUUCAUCAACAACUUCCUCUAGCGCAUCAUCCAGCAGCACCAUCGACACAACCGGAACCCUCACCGCCGACUUCUCCGCCUCCGCCACCGCCGCCACCGCCACUUGCGGCGCUGGCUACCUCCCGGAAACCGCCACCAACCAAGCACACUCCGUUCUCCAAGCCAACACCACCAGUACCUGCGCUACCAUCUCCCCGGGAUGGCCCUGUUUCGGGACCGGCAUGCGAGGGAGCCAAGAUACCAUUUCCGAUAUCGCGGGUGCAUUUAAUCCGAUCGAGUAUCACGGUACCGUUGCCUUUCUAUGCAAUUUGAGCGAGGUACCGAUGACGACGUCGGGAUUCGAUAUCGCGGUCCUGAAUGAUUUGAUCUAUGUGAAGCAUUGUGCGAAUUAUACGCCGGCGGCGCUGAUGAGUCCGGGUGAGUGGGUGUAUGGGUAUUUGGAUUGGAAUACGGUGCAGACGGUGGGACAGAGUAGUGAGUUGUGUACUCAUGUUAUGAGUCAGGUUGUGGCAUAUCCUGACCCUAUGUCUUGA